GACGGAGAGAGAAAGAAAGAGAGGUAGGAGGGCGAGGAAGGGAGAGUAAAACGCACCUAAACCUGUCUGACACGGAGGACAACGCCACAGAAACACAGCUAAACAGAGACAAGGACGUUACCACCGGGAACCCCUCGACAUUUUUUUCUUCUGCCAAGACAAACGGCCACUUUCCUUGUCGUCUCGCGAGAAACUUCAUCGAUUUUUAGCAGGUGAUGAUCUUGGAUUAUUGUUUUUUUUUUCUUAACAAGGAUGAAUUUUGAAGUGAGCUCAGCUUGUCGAGCAAUGGCCCAAGAGACAAACCAGAGCCCGGUGCCCAUGCUUUGUGCCACAGGCUGCGGUUUUUAUGGCAAUCCAAGAACCAAUGGUAUGUGCUCCGUAUGCUAUAAGGACCACCUGACACGGCAGCAGAGCAGCGACCGCAUGAGCCCCCUCAGCCCUAUGGUCUGUUCUCAUCCAGGCUCAGCUGCUAGUCCUACCUCAGAGGCCUCAGCCAUCCAGAGACUAGAAGCCAGUCUAGCCAAGGUUGAUGCCUCCCCUGUUUCUUCACCAGACAUGUCUAGAACUGUUCAAGGAUCUCUUCCUGUGACUCAACAAAUGACAGAGAUGAGCAUCUCGAGAGAGGACAAGCCGGAACCCCUAGAGCCUGUUGUAAGCCAGCCUGCUGCUUCUAGUCCUACUCCUAUAGCUUCUGCCAGCAGUGAAGAAAGCAAGGGGGAUACCCCCAAACCCAAGAAGAACAGGUGCUUCAUGUGCCGCAAAAGAGUGGGCCUUACAGGGUUUGACUGUCGCUGUGGCAAUCUGUUUUGUGGCAUCCACCGGUACUCUGACAAGCACAACUGUCCCUAUGAUUACAAGGCUGAGGCUGCCGCCAAGAUCCGCAAAGAGAACCCUGUGGUGGUGGCUGACAAGAUCCAGAGAAUAUAGAUUUGACAAAACAGCAGUGGCGGCAAUGAUGACAAACACCUUUUGUGGAGGACUGGAGUAUGAGUGUGAACGUUUCGAAAUGAGCACUGGCAACAGUGACUAAGUGAGGAUUUAAAGGACUUGAUUUACAAAAUUACAACCUCAAGAAAAUGUCGGGGGGGAAAAAAGAAGAAAAAACGAAAAGAUCCUGUCUUAGGGAGAUGCAUGAAUGAUCACUUUUGUCCUUUUUUGAUUAAUUCAUUAGUUUGUUUUAUCCUAUUUUCUGUGGUGUGACUUUGCCGCUGUUCAGUCCUUUUUUAUUUUAUUUUUUUUUAAAUAUGUAUUGUCUUAUUAAGAGCAGCCCAGGCUAACUGUCCAGGAUAUAUGCUGUGCUCCUCUCACCAUAAAACCAGGCGCCCUUUUGUGCCAAACCGUAGGCAACCAUUUUACUUGUCAUGUGUCAGACACUGGCAGGUCUUUUAAAACAUUCAGACCACACAGUAACAGUCCACACAAGUUGCGUCCCUCAACCUUUGAACUUCUUGUUCUGUGCUCCAUUGGUACUGGAGUCAGUCAACGUUUUGGAGAACCGUACAACUGUCCCCCACCAUGCACAAGGGGCUUUGUUACUUGUCUCUGUCUUUCCUAGCUUUACCUACCUCACAGCUGCUUGUUGUCUUCCCUUUUACAUUUUGUUUUCAUCAGCUUUGGCCCCAGCAGAACAAUGGAUUAUCUUGAUAGUCGGCCUCAGUGACCCUCUGAUCAGCAUGUCUUGUGUUGACUUUGAUCGGUUUGAUUGUGAUGAGGCUGUUCCAUUAUGGCUGGAGGUAUCACGCUAGACAGGGACAAACAAAUUACUCCACGUUUCACUGAAUCUAAACAUUUUCAAUGGACAUAAUGGGUAAAGGGGUUCCCCAGCUGGUCUGCGCUCAUAUUGUAAUCACAGACGCCUGGUGCAGGGCUGUGUUGCCGAUGUGUGGUCCUAGAAGGAAGGAUGGCACCCUUCCCUGACAGGCCUGGUAGGUGAAUUUAAACAACAAUAUUGUAGGGGCAUGAAUGAAUGAAUGGGAUAAAUGCAUGAGUUACUCUUCAUGUGCAUUAGUGUUUCAGAAAUAUUUUGCAUCACUCAUAGUAGGAGUUCAAACAUUUUAUUUGCUGAGACAAUUAUGUUAUAUUUUAUUAGCUUUUUUUUCUUUUCCAUCAAUGUUGUAUUGAUGUUGGCGCAUGAUUUCAGUUCAUUUGUGGAAUUAGGGUAUGUGAACCAUGAUUUUCUUUGUUUGUUUUUUAAUGCGCUAACAGAACGUUCAUGUGAGCACAGUGAGUUUGUGUGUGUGUGUGUGUGUGUGUGUGUGUGUGUGUGUGUGUGUGGUGUUCACCCAACCCUUCUUGUCUGUGGAGCUACCCGGUUUAUCAGCACAUGUUUACAGAACUACAGGAGCAUGCCAGAGCUAGGUUUACGAAAAAAUAAUAGAUACCAAGAUUAGAUGUAUCUUCUCAUCUGUCUAACAGCUAUUGGUCUGUGUGUCUGUUUUUAGAGCACCGUAGAAUAGUGUGCGUGUGUGUAUUUGUGUGCGUGCAUGUGCACAUUCCUGUGCAAAAGUGGGUUUUCAUUGGCUGCCUGACACAUUGAAACCAUGUAUGUUUGUGACUUGUGUUAAUCCCCUUUUUUGUUUUCUCCUCCACCUGUAAGAAUGUGUUUUUCAUUUAAAAGACAACUGUAUGUAUCCGUUUGAGUUUUUCCUUUAUGAUUCUUAGUUAUAUGCAAAUUUGUACAAAAAAUGGAAAACAACAAACUGUGUUGAUAUUUAUGUAUUACAUAUAAUCUUGCUAUCCAGCAUUAUGACAGAAUAGUAUCAUGUAAAUAAAACUGUACAGAGAGACAUUA